AUGUCUGGUGUUCUAUCCAACCUGUGCUACAGCGCCCAAGAUGUGAAGGAUCUGGCGGCUGCUUAUCGCCGUGAUGGUGAGAAGGGUCGUCAAUCGUUCAUCGAGAGCAAAUCCAAGCAGUUCGCCAACGUGCAGCUUCGGAUUGCGGUGAUGGGUGAAUCCGGGGCGGGCAAAUCGACCCUGAUCAACGCUUUGCUCGGGUUGGAUGAGGAUGAAGAAGGGGCUGCCCCAACCGGCUGUACGGAGACCACCACAGUAAUAACACCUUACCCCCACCCCACCCUCCCUAACGUUCACUACUAUGACUUCCCCGGACUGAACACGCCCAAAUUCCCCAUGAAAACGUUUAUGAAAAAUACCCAGUUUUCCCAGUAUGAUUUGGGCAUCAUUGUGACCGACUCUCGGUUCACGGAGAACGACCAGUUACUGGCCAAGGCGCUGGAGAAGGCAGGUAAACCCAUCUACCUGGUGCGCUCCAAGAUCGACGACACUGUCAGGGCGGAGAGCCGCAGGAAGGGUUACAACCAGGAGCAGAUGUUGCAGCGUGUGAGGGAACAGUGCAUCUCCUCACUGAAGGCGGCAGCGAUAAAGGAACCUCGCGUUUUCCUCUAUUCCGCCUUUGACCUGGAUCAGUACGACUUCCCCAAGUUAAAGGAGAUCGUUGUGUCCCAUCUCUCGGAAGCUGCGAUAGACAGUAAACGCGAUGCUCUGCGGGGUUUCAUCCAGAUUGUGGCCGUCCUCUCGGGGGUUAUAAGUGCAAAUCCGGUGCCGGGUUUGUCCCUGGCCUGUGACCUGCCCGUCAUUGCAUCGGGUAUCCUGAUCAUACGGCAGACCCUGGGGCUGGACGACAGGUCUCUGGGCAAACUGGCCCAGAGAGUGGGGACAAGUGUGGCGGAGCUGCGGAGAGGUACCGAGCACGACUGGGUGUUCGGGGAGAUCACCCGGGAGCAGGUGAUACUGUUGCUGCAGAGAAGCACCGUGGCGGCGCUGACAGCUGUGGAGCUCGUCCUGGACUUUGUCCCCAUUCUGGGCUCUAUCUUUGGGGCGACAACGUCCUUUGGGGUGACUUUCGCGAUGCUGAACAAUUCACUGAAUGAAAUGGUGGAAACAGCUGAAAUAGUCCUGAGAAAUGCCAAGGCAGCAGCUUCUGGUAAUUUUUUUUCUUUUAGGGGGAGGUGUUACGAGCCCAGGUUGCUACUUGAUGAGUGUCCCUGUAGUUGCCAGAAUGGUAGUGUGUGGCUUUGUCUGACGACUGUGAGUGGGAGCAGGGAGCUUCUCUAUCUGGAAUGCUGCAGGUGUCUGAAGGAGGAUUCAUUGAAGUGCUGGAAACUGCAAAUAUAUCUGUGAGCUGAUUCUCAAACCCAGCAACAGAGCGGGGGUGGGGGAAGAGACAGAGAGUGAAUGAGAGAGUGAGAGAGAGAAAAGAGUUGGUAGCACUCACUGCCAGUCUCUGUAUCUAUGGGUGAAGCACAAUCGUUGUGACUGUCACUUUUCAAUCCAUACAUGGAUUUUUGGAGCAAUCCGUGGAGUCCACUUUGUCGUUAACCUGUACCUGGAAUGAGGUAUAUCAGUGGGCGGCCACGUAUCGAGUGCCCUCGGUGUGGCAGAUAUUUCUGAACCAAGCAACGGAGAUACUUCGGCUAUUGUGGCGUCAUAUUGGUUCCAUCGUGGAACUUGUGGAAUUUGUAAACACCUUCUCUCUACAUUCUACUCUACAUUCUAACGUGGUUUUCAGAAGCCUUUGCUCAUCGUUUUGCUUCAUGACUUGCUGAACUGAACUGGUUUACCAUGAUAUAACUUUGAGAACUGUUUCUGGACUUGGUGGUUUGGGAACAAGCCACACACAUACUUUGGUUUAUUUUGAUCGACGUCUGAUAUCUAAUGUUCUCUUUUCUCUUAUUAUUACAAGUAGUUAAUAGAUUCUAACAUUUAAACAUGGCUCAUUGUGUUUCUAUUGUUGCUGGUACAUAACAGUACCCUGGUGUUUUAACCAUGCCCAGAAUUGUUCAGGAGAAGGAGCGACUGAGGGAAAUGCACAGUUUAUUGUUCAUCACAAUUGUUAUCAAAACAAGGUUUAGUUGGAACUGGACGUGUUGGAUGGAGCCCAGCUCAGGGCAGUUGGGCUGAAUGUCCUCUCUACUCAUGAUGUGUGUGGAUAUCCCAGCCCUAUGGUAGUUCUAUGUCCCACUGCUGUGUGCAUUCUUUUAUUCAUUUCCAGCAUGUGCACCAUUGACAGUGUCAGCAUUUAUGUUCUUGGACUGUUGGCUCCUCCGUUCAGAGUGCAGGAGACCAAAAGAUUCCUGCCGAACGGGCAGCCAGAUGGGUUUUAGUGACAACCAAGAACGUUCAUGGUCACCCACACUGAUCCUGCCUUCAAUCCCAAUGCAUUCCGUUCACUGAAUUUAAAUUCCUCAGCCCGACUGUGAUUUGAAUACAUCUUCCUGGAUUAUUUUGUCCAAGUCUCGAUCCAGUAUCCAGACCUGGAGGUCACUGAACACACCACUUUUCAUCAUAACACAAUUUCAUGCUUUUUUUCUGUUACUCGUUGAUGCACUUUUGAAUCAAGAAUAAAGUUAAGACAUAAGCCAA